AUGGGAAAGCCAUUUUCAAAAUCUAUUUCGAAUUAUCAAGAAACAUUUCCGUUAACAGAAGAAGAAAAAGAAAUUUUACAUACAAGACAUCAUCUUACAAGAGAAAUUUUUAAAGGAAAUUUCAGCUCUCCGGUACAUAAUGAACUUCAAAGAGGAUGGGCUAAAGUCUUGGACGUUGGAUGUGAUGUAGGAACUUGGUUAUUCGAAUUAUCUGCUGACUAUCCAGGAUGUACUUACAUCGGUACAUAUACAUCUCCAUAUUCAAGUUUAGCAACCGUUGGUAGACCUUUUGAUGUUGAAUUUAUAGAAGCAGAUCCCGUUCGUGGUCUACCAUUUAAAGACGAAACUUUUGAUUUUGUGAGUAUGAAAAAUCGUUCGAUAGAUUAUAAUGAAACUGAAUGGAAAAAUAUUAUGAAUGAGUUAGUCAGGGUAUUGAAACCUGGUGGAUGGCUAGAGGAUUAUAUGCAUAUGACAUCUGAGCUUCGUAAGAUUCAACACGAGAUACAAUAUCUUCCUUUAGGUCCAUUUGCUGGUAGAUUUGGUGAAACUUCUGCGCAAUUUGCAAAAGACACUUUAAAAGCUUUUCUACCAAAAUUAGCAAAUUAUUUUGGAGUUAGAAUAGAUGAUAUUGAUUCGAUUAUCAGUACAAUACUUGAGGAAGCUGAAGAGAACCAAAGUCAUGUUAGAUUUCACAGAUUUUUUGCUCAGAAAGAAACUGUGUUGGAUUUAACAUCUUGA